UGAAAUCUCUGCUUUCUUCUUUGCCGGCAUCAGAGAUUUACGGAUCCAUUAUGCUGUCUGCUGCAGUCUAGAUCUAUCGACUGCAGAGCAGCGUAUCGUGAGCGUGCCAGAUCCCGGAGCAACAGCAGCUAUAUAUCACACUGACAGCCUCCAGGAUAUCCUAUUGAAAGCUCUCUGUAGCAGCACAGCCCACAUCCCAGCAGUCUCCUAUCAGAUUAUCAGUCAUGUAACAGCCACAAUUAAACUGGAUGCACACAGUAUCAACGAUUGAAACCAGCAAUGGGCAUUCAGCCAAUCAUCUUUGCUGCCGUGGAGCCGCGUCUGUCUUCCCCCCCAGGACCUGCCAACGUCCGCACACUACCUUUCUGGGACCUGCCUUCGUCUCUACACAUCAGUUCCCGCACUGCAUGGUCCUCCUUGUGCCAUAGGAUACGGCUGCAGCAUAUCAUCACACUUGCGACUACGGCUAGAGAGAAAACAAUUGCAGUUUCUCAUGGUUCCACUGAGAAAGCUUCAAAAAUGCAAAUGAGGAUAAAAGAAAUAUUCAAUCAAGUAGAUCAGAGGAUGCCUAAAGUGACCUUUUCCCAUCAGGACAAUACAACAAGUGCAAAACAUAGCAAAGUUUUCCUUAAAAACCCAACAAAACGCUAUUGUGUUGGUGAUCUACUGACAGUACAGGUUGAUGCAUAUGAUUAUCUGGGCAAGAGGAAAUCUUAUGGAGGAGACUACUUAAGAGCAAGAAUUUCUAACUCUGAUAUUAGAUCAGGAGCAUCUGGCAGGAUUAAAGACUUUAGCAAUGGGACAUAUGACAUUUAUUUUACUUUGUUUUGGGAAGGCAAAGUUGUGGUAACAGUCUCUCUCAUGCACCCAAGUGAAGGAGUUUCUGCUCUCUGGAGGUCAAGAAACAGUUGGUAUGGCAAUGUAGACUACUUGGGAAAAUUUACAAGUCCAGACAAACAAGUUGAGACCAAGUGUGGGUUUGACCUUAAGGAAAAAGAUCUGUGUGAGUACAAAGAUGAGAGAGAUGAAGAAUAUUUUUAUUGUGUGAAACCUCGGAACUUUAGUUGUGAUUCAUAUACAGAAUUUAAAAGCUGGAAAACUCUUCGUUCACAAUUGUCCACAUUGGAAAACAGUCUUCUUGUCAGGUCAAAUGUCAGGCGUGAGAUUCCAAACAACUUUGAGGCACUCAAUGUAUUUCAUUGUAACAGUUCAAGUUCAGAAACAAAAGAAAAAUGCAAAACUGGAAUGAAGUUAGAAUAUCCUAGUGGAUAUGUCAUGAAGGAGAUCUGGUACCCAAAACUAUGCAGCAUGAAGACAUAUCACAAUAUGGAAGAACUAAACACAUGCAUGAAAGGAAAAUUCUUUUACUUGUUUGGGGAUUCAACAAUGCAUCAAUGGAUGACGUAUUUUGAAAACAAUAUAAAAACGCUGAGACUUCUUAAUGUCUAUGAAGAGGGAUGGGCACAAAAGCAUUUAGGUGUGGACAUUGAAAGGAAUAUACAUGUACUUUGGAAAAGACACGGCAGGCCAUUUAUUAACCUGGUUUUUGUAUCAAACAGAGAAGAACGUUCUAUCCCACGUGAAAUAGAUUUAAUUGGAGGUAACCAAUACACUGUAAUUGCGCUGAACAUUGGAGUUCAUUUCAGAUUAUUCCCUGUACACCAUUUCAUCCGAAGACUCCUCAAUAUUCGUCGUGCUCUAGAACGCCUUUUCCUCAGAAGCCCAGAAACAAAGGUUAUCAUCAAGACUGAGAAUACAAGUGAGAUGGGAAAUGAGUAUGAAGGAAUGAGUGAUUUCCAUGCAUCUGUUCACUUCCUCAUCAUGGAAAUAGUCCUCAAAGAUCUCAAUGUUGGUUUUAUAAACGGUUGGGAUAUGACCACUGCAUGGAACACAAAUGCGAUUCAUCCUGCAGAACACUAUGUAAGAAAUGAGGUCAACAUGCUGAUGACCUACAUCUGUAUCUGAUCUGUAUCAUGAAAUACUACUAUAGUAAUUUUAUUUUCUUGUCAUUUAUACAAUUCCAAUUGAACUUUGAAGCAAUUGCACAGCAAGAUACACCUGGGCAUUGUUGUUAAAUCUAAUAUGGAGACCUCACCUGUACCAACUCAGUUAUCAAAGAAAUGAUUAAAUUUUUAUACUAAACUUGUAUUAUACACUGGGAAUGGAAGUGACAUAACAUACUAGCCAGCCAUUAUUGGCAACCAUACUGCACAGACUGAUUUUUUUUUUCUUUAAAAUGAUUGCAUUUAAAAAAAAUAUGAUCACAUAUGUCCCUGUAUGAAUACCAGAAAACCUGUAAUUACCAGUCAAGCCCUCAUGUCUGCAUCUCCUAUUGUAUGCCUCUCAGCUCUUCCCCAUUUCACUGUUUGCUUGAAAUGGUAUUGUGUUCUCUACUGCCAAUAAAGAUUCUGGUUCAAAGGAUGCCAUUAAUCAUCUUUAUGACUGUUCAUACUAUUAUGCUGCUUUCACAUCGCAAACCCUGCUUUUGAAACGGUUCUUUAAAUGGUUCUGAAAAGGGGUCUGAGCAGUUAAACCCCCUUCACAUUGCAUGUUGUAACUGGUAUAUUACCGUUUCAUUACCAUUUUGGUACCUUUCACACUGAACCCGUUUCUCCCAUAGAAAACAGUGGUUGUCAUUUUAAAUGGACUUUUCUGGCCCUCACAUUAUUAUUAUUAAUAAUUAUUUAUUAAUUAUUAAUAAUUUGGCUAGUCGUACGAUGGAACCCAGCAGCUUCAAGCAUCUUUACCAUGUUUUUGUAGAUUACUGCAACCUCCACUGUCCCAGUGAUUUGUCUAGCAAUUUCUUUAUCCCCUCACAUCCUAAGCAGCUCCCUAACCUCAUCAUCACUCCAAUUUGCCAUUUUAAACUGUAUUCUGUAUAAAUAAAAUGCUUCUUCACUCUCA